AUGCAGCGUGCGAUGCAUGCCCUAACCAAGAACGCUUUGGUGGCUGGCCGUAACAAGCUAAGCCGGCCACACCAACUCCGCCGAUCAUCAUCGCCGGUACGCGUGCCUCGACCGCCACCCCCGUGCGACAUUUUCAUAAACCACCGCGGCAUCGACACAAAAAAGACCUCCGCGGGGCUCCUCCACUACCACCUCUCCGGGCUAGGGUUCAGCUCGUUUCUUGACAGCAAGAACAUGAAGCCAGGGGACAACUUGUACGACAAAAUCGACGCUGGGAUUCGCGGUUGCAAGAUCGGCGUGGCGGUAUUCUCGCCAAGAUACUGCGAGUCCCCCUUCUGUCUUCAUGAAUUGGCUCUUCUAAUGGAGACUCGGAAGAGAGUGAUUCCGGUGUUCUGUGACGUUAAGCCCUCCGAGCUUAGGGUUUCGGAAAACACUAAUGUGAGUUCUUCGAAAUCUGAGCUCCAGAGGUUUGAGAAAGCACUUGAAGAAGCCAAAUUUACAGUUGGUCUUACUUUCGACAGUGUUAAUGGGGACUGGUCGGAGUUUUUACAAACGGCUACAGAUGCUGUCAUUGAAAAUUUGAUUGAAGUAGAAGGAGAGGAAGUACUUGAUAAUAUCAAUUACAGCACAUAA